AUGUGCGCCGUUUUCGCGCGUGCCCGCUCGUUCACGGGCACACUAGCUUCGCGUGCACGCCAGUUUCGCGUGCACGCUAUGUCCUUGCGCGCGCCUGGGUUCCGGCUGCAGCAAGGGUGCCUCCUGCUAGGAGGUUGCUUCCGGGUUGGUGCCGCGCAUGCGCAGUUGGCGAGCGGUGAAUUCAAUCGUUCUGAGCAUGCGCGGAUAGGCGGUGACGUCAGAUAUGACGUCACACGCCUAUUUAAGCGCCAAAAGCGUAUAUAG